AUGGUCUCUAAAGAGAGUUGUCGCAACGAAAUCCGUGCGGCUAUUCGACAGCUUAGUGAUCGUUGUUUAUACUCCGCCGCAAAAUGGGCGGGAGAACAACUUGUGGGGAUAGAGCAAGACCCUUCUAAUUUUACACCUUCGAAUACGAGAUUCCAGCGAGGAAGCUCUAGCAUCCGGAGAAGGUUCAGCACCAAUGAAUCUAUUUCAACACCACAGCCUUCCGUUGGCUUCUCUCAGGCGGCCACUCCUUUCCCAGAAGAAGAUGAAGUGAUUGAUGGUGACCUUUACCUUUUAGCAAAGUCUUACUUUGAUUGUCGAGAGUACAGACGGGCUUCCCAUGUGCUUCGUGAUCAAAUGAGCAAGAAAUCAGUUUUCUUGCGUUGCUAUGCUCUUUAUCUGGCUGGAGAAAAACGGAAAGAGGAAGAAAUGAUAGAACUUGAAGGCCCUUUGGGUAAGAGUGAUGCCGUAAACCGUGAACUGGUAUCUUUGGAGAGGGAAUUAUCAGCCCUGAAGAGGACCGGAGCAAUUGACUCAUUUGGAUUAUACUUGUAUGGUGUGGUUCUAAAAGAAAAAGGAAAUGAAAGUCUUGCCCGUGCCAGCCUCGUGGAGUCUGUGAACAGCUAUCCAUGGAACUGGAGUGCCUGGUCAGAGCUGCAGUCCCUCUGUACUUCGAUCGAAAUCUUGAAUAGCCUUAAUCUAAGCAAUCACUGGAUGAAGGAUUUUUUUCUUGCCAAUGCUUAUCAAGAACUCAGAAUGCACAGCGAGUCCUUGGCGAAGUACGACUAUCUGCAAGGUAUUUUCAGUUUUAGCAAUUACAUCCAAGCUCAAACUGCAAAAGCUCAGUACAGUCUGAGGGAAUUUGACCAGGUUGAAAUCAUGUUUGAAGAACUUCUGAGAAAUGAUCCCUAUCGGGUGGAAGAUAUGGAUUUGUAUUCUAAUGUUCUGUAUGCAAAAGAAGCAUGUGCUGCGCUGAGCUACCUUGCACACAAGGUGUUUUUGACUGAUAAGUACAGACCUGAGUCUUGCUGCAUCAUUGGCAACUAUUACAGUUUAAAGGGGCAGCACGAAAAGGCAGUCAUGUACUUCCGGAGAGCUUUGAAACUGAACAAGAAGUACUUAUCUGCGUGGACUCUUAUGGGCCAUGAAUAUGUUGAGAUGAAGAACACACCUGCUGCCAUUGAUGCUUAUCGACGAGCUGUUGAUAUAAACCCAUGUGAUUAUCGAGCUUGGUAUGGGUUAGGACAAGCUUAUGAGAUGAUGGGGAUGCCAUUUUAUGCACUUCACUAUUUUCGCAAAUCCAUAUUCUUUCUUCCAAAUGAUUCUCGAUUGUGGAUAGCCAUGGCAAAAUGUUAUCAAACCGAACAGCUUUACAUGCUUGAAGAGGCCAUCAAGUGUUACAAAAGAGCUGUGAACUGUACUGACACGGAAGGAAUAGCUCUUAAUCAGCUGGCAAAGCUUCACCAGAAGCUUGGACGUAAUGAGGAAGCUGCAUUUUACUUUGAGAAGGAUUUAGAGAGAAUGGAUGCUGAAGGAUUAGAAGGACCGAACAUGUUUGAGGCUUUGGUUUUUCUUGCUACGCAUUUCAAAACUCACAAGAAAUUUGAAGAAGCAGAAGUGUAUUGCACCCGUCUUCUCGAUUAUAGUGGCCCCGAGAAAGAGAAGGCAAAGAGCUUACUCAGAGGGAUCAGAAUGGCGCAAACGGGUUUCCCUUCCAUGGAUGUCGAGCAUUUUCCUCUCUAG